AUGGAGAACAUAACAGCGCCAAUGGCCUGGCUUGCAGAAAGGGUUAGAGUUUGCAUUGCUGAUAAGUCAGCUCGAGCAGAAUCAGCCUUUAGCCUCAAACCUAAAAAGGUAAACAAGCUUAAUGAAACAGUUGUGCCAGAAACAGAUGUUCAGGACAGUCCCGAUGCCUUUGAUCACUUCACUGACCAGUUGACUUGUGCUUCAAAUAAUCCGGAUCGUUUGACCUGUCCCUCAAACGUCACCCAACACUUACACGGAAAAAAUUCGGAAAUUGACUUGUUGACAAAAAAUUUGGUUGAAACCAGUUCAGAGGCCGAAGGACAAGGAAAGAGAUCAAACAAGGUGCAUCCUUCAGAGGAGAAACCCAUGUGUCUGCGUAACAUCUCGACGGGCCACGUGUCAGUUGAUAGUUUCCAUUUAUCAGCAACAGAGUCGAUGCCUUGUAGUACUUCUGCAUGCAUGGGAUCAUUGACGGCAACGCCCUCUAUCAGAGAACCUGGCUCCCCACGUUCAAAGGAAGACAUACUUAAACAUGCAAAACAGUUUUUUGACCAGUAUUAUAGGAGUAUUAAAAGGUUUAAGUCCCGUGCUCACGAAGAACGUUGGAAUGAAGUUAUAGCCGAAACUGAGGGGCGUGGCACGUACGAGCUUCGAGAAACAGAGCUGAUCUAUGGAGCUAAAUUAGCCUGGCGAAACGCUCCACGUUGCAUAGGACGAAUUCAGUGGUCCAAGUUACAG